UGUUAUUAAUGUCCCGUUGCCAAGCCCAGCUGAAGGAUCCCCAAACCCUUCUCUGCGCUUGCUUCGGGUCCGUGCCAGCAGAAGGACGUCACCCCUGGCUGCGUCACGGCACCAGGAGGCAGAGGAAAAGCCCACCGGUGCUCCCCAAGGGUAACGCGUGGCGGCGGCGGCUGCCUCUGAGCGGACCCUCGCGGGGCUCCACCCGCCCGCUGCUGGCACACGAAGGGCAAGGUAGAGUUUGUCAAAUGGGCCGACGCGGCGGGGCAGAGGAGGAGACAGGAGAAGGACGAGCUACGGUCAUCAGCCUGCCGGGACCCCAAUCAAAGGCAGUAAUUAAAGAGGGAAAGUGGUUUAAAGUGCCUGAUUUAGCAAUGCGCGUGCCAGAGCGUGUAUUUAAACGCUCCCACCGCUCCCGUGGAGGCCCUGGCAGUUGGUCUGCAAAAACCGCCUGGAAUGGAAAGGCGGCGAGCAAGCACGGCCCGGUCUGCACGCACGGAGCCGGCACAUGGCCUCCUGUCCCUCGCCCCCUCCUCGCCCCUCCGCGGAGCCCGCAGUGCCAGGCUGCCCGGCGGGACGUUCCUGCCUCCCCGGCACCGGUGCAGCGAGGGGGGGAGCUGGGCGAAAGCACCGAGGCAAGCAGAAAGCGAUGCCUCGGUCCCGCAGUUGUCUAAUAAAGGUGUUCCUGGCUUUCGAAAAAGCCUAAAGCAACAUCAAACGUUACCAAAGAGUCUCUUCUUCCCGCUCCUGUUCUACCCUUCGUUACGGUCACCACCGAGAUCUGAAAGCUGCUCCUGACCAGUCUGCGCCGGGGUGCUGCGUGCGCGGCUGUUCCUCCCUCGCGCGCAGGUUCUGCGCGGCUCCGCCACUCUGCAGCGGGCGAGGGGCGGUGGUAGCUGCCGGCCAUCGCUCACCGGCCCGUCUCGGGAGUGGUUUGGGGUCAUCCCAAAGCCACAGGUCUUGGACACCCUGGACACCUCAGAGGUUGGGAAGAAUAAGACAAGAGGCUUCUGAUCCUUAUGGUCACAGCAAGGAGCUUGAGAUGUAAACCCCAAAGGCUCAAUACAGAAAAAAAACCCAAAACAUUUUUAAGCUUCCAGAUUUUUGAGCCAGGCUCCAGGUCUGUCUUCUUGCGGUCCGAAGCCCUGGGGUUGAAUCGCGGGAGCCCUCGCCUCUGCAGGAGCACCGCAGGUGGCCAGCAGUCAACUCGCCCACUGGUGUCCUCUUCU